AUGCCCGGGCCUGCCACCGUCACAGCUUUAAAAACAGAGUCCAGCAAGAAACGUGGACGGUGCGCGGCGAGCUGUCCCUCGUCGAUGAGAUCAUCUCCAAUGGACGAGUUGCAAAGUGCUAUUCAAGGAGCUAUUUCUCAUUGCAAGAACUCAAUAAUUACCAUUGUGAAGGUACGAGCUGGGAAGGCAGCCAGCCAACACCAAGUUGUCCAGCGGCAAGACCGUGAGAAGAGUGCUAUUGUCCAGGUCGAUGCUGCUCCUUUCAAGCAGUGGGGGAAAGCAUAUGGAGCUUUACAAAACCGUUCUCAAGCUCGGCAAUGGUAUAAAGCUGCUAUAAAGGCUGAUCCUUUGUGCUAUGAGGUACUUCUAGCGCUUUAUUCAAUUGAUGUAUAUGUAUUUAUCAUGAAAAGUUUCGGAGCUAAUGUGGGAGGAUGAAUUCUCUCUCUCGUUACUGUACAAAGUAGUACUUUCUCUAUAAACUAAAAGAUAAUGUUACAUGAUGUGGUCUCUGUAACGUACCAUUUCAGGCUUUGGAAUCCCUUAUUGAAAGUCAUAUGCUCACAUCUGAAGAAAGUUAUAUGCUUC